AUGGCUUUCACUAAGCUCACAGUUCAGCUGGGCCGUAGAGACCGGAACCAGGGACAGAUGAGGAAGGAUGUCAUGGAAAGGGACAGGCAGCAGAGUUGUAAGCAGAUCAGGCAGGGUCCAAUUUUCCCAUCGCCAUCUUCCCUGCAACAGCGGCACUUGAGUUCGGCGAUGGUGGCCAUUAAAGCCAUACGGAGCUCAACGGGAUUUGCACUUAGCCCUCUUCAAAGUGCUUGUUCUCAGAGAAGCCUAAGAAAGCCAUCUCUCUGUGCCCACCGCGUGUGUGGGAUUUAUGAACAAAAAUCCUCUGGAAAAGCACUCUUUAACCUGAGCUGCAGCCAUCUCAAUCUUUCUGAAAAGGAAUAUUUUGGAUUAGAGUUCUGCAGCCAUUCUGGAAAUAAUGUUUGGUUGGAACUUCUGAAGCCCAUAACAAAGCAAGUGAAAAAUCCUAAGGAGGUUGUUUUCAAAUUUAUGGUGAAAUUUUUCCCAGUGGACCCUGGACACCUUCGGGAAGAACUCACAAGGUAUCUUUUUACUCUUCAGAUAAAGAAGGAUUUGGCUCUGGGAAGGCUUCCAUGUAGUGACAACUGCACAGCGUUAAUGGUGUCACACAUCUUACAGUCAGAAUUAGGAGACUUUCAUGGAGAAGCAGUUAGGAAGCAUCUGGGACAAACCCGGUAUUUACCAAGCCAAGACUGUUUGGAGAGCAAGAUCAUGCAGUUUCAUCAGCAGCACAUUGGCCGGAGCCCAGCAGAAUCAGACAUUCUGCUACUGGACAUAGCAAGGAAGCUGGAUAUGUAUGGCAUCAGACCUCAGCCUGCCAGUGAUGGUGAAGGGAUGCAGAUUCACCUGGCUGUUCCUAACAUGGGAGUACUGGUGUUGCGGGGAAAUACAAAGAUUAAUACUUUCAACUGGGCUAAGAUUCGCAAGUUGAGUUUUAAGAGAAAGCAUUUUCUCAUCAAACUUCAUGCUAAUAUUUUGGUGUUGUGCAAAGACACUUUGGAGUUCACCAUGGCUAGCCGAGAUGCGUGCAAGGCUUUCUGGAAGACUUGUGUGGAGUACCACGCUUUCUUCAGGCUUUCCGAAGAGCCCAAAUCAAAGCCCAAAACACUACUCUGCAGCAAGGGUUCCAGUUUCCGCUACAGUGGAAGAACUCAAAGGCAACUUUUGGAAUAUGGGAAAAAGGGGAGGUUAAAGAGCCUGCCGUUUGAAAGGAAACAGUAUCCAUCUCAGUAUCAUGAACGGCAGUGCAGGUCAUCACCAGACAUUCUCUCUGAUGUGUCAAAACAAGUGGAAGAUCUGAGACUUACAUACGGCAGCAGUUACUACCGAAAUGUGAAUGGAGUACAUGUGUCUGAGCCUAUGCUAGACAGGAGGAGGAGGAACUCAGCAGUUGAGGUGACAUUUGCAGCCGAGAUGGAGCGUUCCAAACCAGAGGCAGAUCCCACAUCACUCCACCCAUCCCAAAGCAGUUCCUCUUUCACCUUUAUUUAUGCAGACCCCGUCUUUAACACUGACCCUGAUCCCAUUGACUUCCUUGAAGAACGGAGCCCUCUACACUCCUUCCAAACAAACUCGAAGUUUGCGGACAAUCACAUAAGCACAUCCACUGUUUUCACAGGCAGAGUGAGUCCAGCAAGGCAGCUAACAUACACCGAUGUGCCCUAUAUUCCUUGUACUAGUCAACAGGUUGAUAUUAUGCCUCCCCAAGUCUUUUUUUAUGUGGACAAGCCACCCCAGGUACCCAGGCGGUCUCCAAUCAUGGCAGAGGAAAGUGUAAGACCAGACAGCUAUACAGAACCCAGUGCAAUAAAACCAGCCAAAAGAAGCCCAAGGAAUAUCAGGAUAAAAAGCUUACAGCAAGACCUUCAAGAACUCCAAGAAGCUAUGGCUAGAAACAGUGGUAGAAGCACCAUCAAUGCAGACCUAGGGGAGGAAGACCCACAUUUAGAUGAUGCAUUUGCAUAUAACCUUCGAGAGCAAACUCCUAAACGAUCUCAGAGCCAAUCAGACAUGAAAACUAUCCGUUUUCCUUUUGGGUCAGAAUUUAGACCUUUAGGGCCUUGUCCUGCUCUGACUCGUAAAGCAGAUCCAUUUACGUGUACAUUUGCAGAGCAGGAGUUCCCCACAGUUCUAAUUGACCAGAGCUCAGCAGAUUCCGAAUCGGAGAUUCUUAAACCAGACUACUACUCUAUGUAUGGCAAAGGAACAAAGUCACCUAGGGCCCGAAUCCGCUUGUCUUCUGGUAGUCUGCAGCUAGAGGAAGAGGAUGAAGAUAUUUCUUUCACCACACCAGGUGCUGAAGAUAGAACUUUGUUAAAGCCAUGCAACUAUUUCUUAGCUUAAGAAGAGUGGACUCUAUGAAUGCUCCUGGCCAAUUCCAUGUUACCACCUUAGGUAAGACAUAAGCACUUUUUUGAUGCACCUUUUCCUUGGUCAUCUUAAUUGAUGCUAAGGGGGGCUUCUCAUUACAGGCACCCAGCUUAUGAAAGAUCAAGUUGUUGCCUCAUUCUAUGAGCUUCUUUCCUUUAUUUCCUCCGAACAAACUCUGGAACAUUCCUUCUCCUUGCCAGCACCAUGGCAGUGUGGAGGGAAGUGUAUGUUAUCACCCUUAUAUAUUUCUGAGAGCAGAUAGUAUAAAUGAAGACCUAUUCUUCAAUGCUGAUGUGGGUUGGUGUAUGGGACUGGCUUCUAAUGCUGCUUUGUGAUUUAGUAGUCCAUGGUUAUGUUGGGUGUUCUUUGUGCUUACGUAACCCUAAAAUGUGGUUUCUCUCCUCAUGACUUGUUUGGGACCCAGUGAACAGUCUUGUUAUAUACUAAGAAUGUCAAUAUACAUAGGUCAGUGGCAUAGAUCCUCUCAGCAAAAAAAUGUUUAGAAUUAAUAGAGGAUUUAACAGAAUUCUCAAAACUGGAGAUUCAUCGGUUAGGCCCAUCUCUCAAGCCGGAUGUGUGCCUCAUGAAGAUAUUACGGUGUUGACUUCUAAUUUCUCUCUUCUUAACUACUGAUUAUAUAUGGUGGGGAUCAAUGUUAACAAGCAAGUUUGUUUCCUAAUAUCUCCUGCUGAUAUUUGUUUUUGCCUAUAUCUUGGUU